CAGUUUGGUCUGAUCUUUACAAAUCUGUGGUGAAGGGGAACAUGGUGAGAAUCCAUUUUAGUGCAAUGUGUGUUGGAUGCACUUUCCUAGGGCUGGCAUCACUGGCCACCAUUGUUGGGUUGUGGACCGUUCAACUCCUUCCUACUACAGAAGCUUCUGCUGAGCCCUGGAGCGAGUAUCGUCUACCAGGCACUCUGGUUCCAGACUACUACAACAUCACUCUCUGGCCUCGACUCCAGCCGAACAUACAUGGCCUCUUUGUAUUCACUGGAAAUUCCAGCGUGGUCUUCAAAUGUCUGAGGGAGACUGACCUCAUCCUCAUUCACUCCAAUAAGCUGAACCUGACCUUAAUAGAUGGGUAUCUGGCCAAACUCUCUGCGCUUGGUACCUCAGUGGCACCCUCAAUUCAUAAAACCUGGACGCAGGAGACGACGCAGUACCUUGUCAUUAAGUUGAAGGGCAAGCUGAAAGCUGGAGAGCUCUAUGAGCUUUACUCAGAGUUUGUGGGAGAGCUUGCAGAUGACCUGGCAGGGUUCUACAGAAGUGAAUAUGAUGAGAAUGGAGAGAAAAAGAUAGUAGCCACCAGCCAGAUGCAUCCCACACAUGCUCGCAAGACCUUUCCAUGUUUCGAUGAGCCUGCAAUGAGAGCGGUUUUCUACAUCACUCUCAUCCAUGACAGAGGAACCGUGGCCCUGUCGAAUGGAAUGGAAAUCGAGAAAGUGGACACUGUUCUUGAUGGACAACCUGUUACUGUGACAACAUUUGAACCCACAAAGAACAUGUCCUCCUAUCUAUUGGCACUGGUUGUCAGUGACUACACAAAUGUUACAUCAGCAAAUGACACUUUGGUACGAAUAUGGGCUCGUAAGAAAGCCAUCGAGGACGGCCAUGGUGAUUAUGCCCUGAAUAUAACUGGGCCAAUCCUCAAGUUUUUUGAAAAAUAUUACAGUGUACCAUAUCCACUGUCUAAAUCAGACCAGAUUGCCCUGCCUGAUUUUUAUUUUGGGGCGAUGGAGAAUUGGGGGCUGGUGACGUACAGGGAGACAAACCUUCUAUAUGAUCCAGUCAUCUCCUCUAAUGCAAACAAAGAGAGAACGGCCACCAUUAUAGCCCAUGAACUGGCACACAUGUGGUUUGGCAACCUUGUGACUCUAAAGUGGUGGAAUGAAGUUUGGUUAAAUGAAGGUUUCGCAUCUUAUGUAUCAUAUCUUGGUGCAGAUUUUGCUGAACCAUCCUGGAACGUGAAAGACUUGAUUAUCCUUAAAGACGUACAUCGUGUUUUUGCUGUGGAUGCUCUGGCCUCUUCCCAUCCCCUGUCUUCAAAUGAGGAAGAUAUUAUAAAACCAGAGCAGAUCACUGAGCAGUUUGAUACAGUCUCCUACAGCAAGGGGGCGUCGGUGUUGAGAAUGCUGUCAGACUUCCUUACCGAGCCUGUGUUCGUCCAAGGACUAAAUACAUAUCUCACCAUGUUCGCCUAUCAAAAUACAGUGGGCGAGGACCUGUGGAAUCACCUUCAAACUGCAGUUGAUAAGUCUGGAACAGUUCUUCCCUUAAGUGUCAAAGAAAUCAUGGACCGCUGGGUUCUUCAGAUGGGCUUCCCGGUGGUCACCGUCAACACUACGACAGGCCAGGUGUCUCAGAUGCAUUUCCUUCUGGAUCCUGAGUCUUCCGUUCAGAGGCAGUCUCCAUUCAAUUAUGAAUGGAUUGUACCCAUCAACUGGAUGAAGGCAGAGGUCAAGCAGUCACGCUUUUGGCUCACAGAAAAAACUACUUUUCACUCUGAUAUGAAGACAACUGGAAAUGACUGGGUGCUGGUGAAUCUGAACAUCACUGGAUAUUACAGAGUGAACUAUGACACUGAGAAUUGGGAGCGUCUCCUGAAUCAACUGACUGAGAACCAUGAGGCCUUCCCAGUCAUCAACAGAGCUCAGAUAGUGGAUGAUGCAUUUAACCUUGCAAGGGCAAAGAUAAUUCCUGUCACUUUAGCGCUAAGAACUACAAAGUACUUAUCUAAGGAAAGAGAAUAUAUGCCAUGGCAGUCUGCUCUCAACAACCUGGAUUAUUUUUACCUCAUGUUUACACAAACUGAUGUCUAUGAACUUCUACAGAACUACACCAGAAAGCAUGUGACCCCCCUUUUUGAAUAUUUUAAGAUUAUUACUGAAGAUUGGUCACAUGUACCCACUGGCCAUACAGACCAGUACAAUCAAGCUAAUGCCAUUAGAUUUGCCUGCAGCACUGGUGUAGAGGAGUGUCAAAAUCUCACUACAAACUGGUACAGACAGUGGAUGGACCGACCAAACCACAACCCGAUUCACCCCAACUUGAGGUCUACAGUGUACUGCAGUGCACUUGCCUCAGGUGGUGCUGACGAAUGGGACUUUGGCUGGCAGAUGUUUAAGAACGCCACCAUCGCGAUAGAAGCUGAUAAACUCAUGUCCGGCCUGGCUUGUGCAAAAGAUACCACACUUUUAGAAAGGUACCUUGGAUACACGCUUGAUGCGUCAAUGAUCCGUAAACAGGAUGCUACCUCUGUCAUUGUGUAUAUUGCCAGCAACCCAGAUGGUCAGACAUUGGCUUGGGAUUUUGUGAGGAAGAACUGGGUGUAUAUGUUCACAGAGUAUGGUGUGGGGUCUUUUAACUUUGCCAGUCUUAUAAGCGGCAUAACCAAAACAUUUUCAACUGAAUCAGACCUUGAGCAGCUUCUGAAGUUUAAGAGUGACAAUUCAGAGAUUGGCUUUGGAUCAGGGACAGCAGCUCUGGAGCAGGCCAUCGAGAAGACAAAAGCCAAUAUAAAAUGGGUGGCUGAAAACCAGAAAGAAAUCACAGAGUGGCUGGUGGCUGAAUCUGCAUAAAAAUCACAAAGACUGACAUUAGUCUCCUUUAUGUAGCCUAUGUGUAUAAUGAUAAAGAUUAUAUAUAUAUUAUAUAUAAUAUAAAGAAGAAAAAAAACUUUUAAAGUAUAUAAAUGCUUCAAGUUAAUUUUGAUUGUUAAAUUUUGAUUUGUUCUGUAAUCGAAUAAAUAGCAGAAUGAUCAUACUGCACUCUACUCUUCUGUUUUAUCAUGGUAUGAAAAUAAGCUUAAAAAUCAAAUGUUUCUAAGAACCUAAACACAGUUGCUGACAUCAUAUAGGCCUGCUUUUGUAUAUAUACUAAACUUAUUGUAUUUUUGCUUAAACGGAGGGCGUUAUAUUCUCUGUAGUCUUAGAGCAUCGCAAAGAAUAUCCACACAGAAAAUUUUACAAUAUAGUUAAACGAUAGUAGGGUCAUUCUAUGGAAAUGUCUAUUUUUCUGUCCCUAGCCUUCACAGAAAUAUUACACUUGAAAAACACAUUAGGGUUACAAUUUCUUUAUAUUUUAAAAUGAAACAAUAUGUUAUUUGAACAAUUACACCUUCUUGAGGCAUCAAUGUGGCAAUAUUUGUUUUUUAAUAAAUUAUAAAGAAUUCCAAGCACCACGAAACUGCUCGUCCCCACAGCCAUGUACAGCAGGAAAGUGCUUUAUUUUGAGGUCAAAACAGGUUUUUCUACCAUUUAAAAUACAAUAAUGUAUUCAUAACUAGCAAAUAGGCCUAUAC